AUGUUGCCAACGAUAGUAGGUGUCACUGGAAUGUGGCACCCAGGAAGCUGCUUUGAAGACCUCGCAGUGGCCUUUGCGAAGAGAGGGUAUCCAUUUGUUAGUCAAGAUGCUCCUGGCAUUCUGUCCGAAGAUCCUAUCAACAGCACAGUGGACAUGGAUGCUGAGUCACUCCGACAAAACAUCCUUCUUCCAUUGCUUGCCGAAGGCAAAAAUGUUAUCCUUCUCAUGCACUCCUACGGUGGCGUUUAUGGCUCAGCCGCUGUGCAUGGGUUGAGUCACAAGGAAAGGAAAGCGGCAGGCCAGAAAGGUGGUAUAGUUGGCCUCGUGUAUGUUACAGCUGUUACACCUGCUGUUGGGAAGUCUUUACUAGACAUGAUGGGACUCACUCCGGAAAAUUUACCACCACAUGUUGUGUUGAAUGAAUCAACAGGACAUAUAAUGUUGAUUGAAGCAGACAAAUAUGUGUAUCACGAUAUGCCUAAAGCCGACGCCGAUAAAUGGAUUGCCAAGGUUAAACCUCAAGCUUUCAACUCCGUCAACACGGCGAUUUCAUAUUCCCCUUUGGCAGACUCAAAUUAUGAAGGUUCAUUUGGAUAUAUAUUCUGUGGGAAUGACCGUGUUCUCCCAUUGGAGGCACAGAAAUAUUAUGCAAACAUAUCUGGGAUUAAGAACACUGUACUAGUUGAAGCGGCAUCCCAUGCCUUUUUCGUAGGCACUUGUGAGGAAACGGUUGCUGCCACCGUCUCCGUGCUGGAAGCUAUUGGCAAUGCUACCUAA